AUUUUAUUUAAAUUUUUUUUAAAAAAAUAGCAAUGAGGUAUUAAAUGUCUCUUAACCCUACUCUAGCAAGAUCUAAAGUGAAUAAUUGAAGAAAUUCAUCCAUGAAAUGUUGACAGAGAGAAAGAAGAGAAACUUUAAAGAGACUACAGAGUUGUAAAUCUAAUUGAGAGAUUACGAUGUCUAGAAAGACAAGCGUUUCUAAGGCUCAACACGUUUGUUACAUGCCCCUUACCCUAACAUCAAAAUCGGUGUUAUUGGUAAUUUAACUCAUUGCGGUACGAUUUACCUCUCAUCGAUUCAGAUCAGGCCAAGGCCCUCGGUCUCACCGCGAUCGAUUAAGAAGGCCUGAAGAAGUUCAACAAAGAGAAGAAGCCAAUUAAAAAGUGGUGCAAACCUUUUGACAUCUUGAUUGCCUCAGAAUCCCUCAUGAAAGUUAUUCCAAGACUUGUUGGUAAUGUCUUUACCAAGAUUGGUAAAUUCCCAAUUGCCAUUCCUGAAACAGAAUCAGUUGGCAGCAAAGUUAAUGAAGUAAAGUCUUCAGUCAAGUAUCUUUUUUAAAAAAUCAAUUCAGAUUCCAAUUGAAAAACACAUUGUCACUUGGUACAGCUUUUGGUACUGAUGAAAUGACCGAAGAUUAACUCAGAUAAAACUUGAGUACAACCAUUAACUUCUUGGUGUCUCUUUUGAAAAAGGGAUGGUAGAAUGUUGGUACACUCCACAUUAAGACUUCCAUGGGUAAACCAAUUAAAAUCUAUGGAUGAUA